UUGGUUGCGGAAAUUGUCACAGGAACAGAUUCAACUGCAAAAGAAAUUAACAGGAAAGUUGGACUUUACCCCUUUUAUCUAAAUGCAUGGAUUAAGGCAUAUAACGAGAAAAAUACUGAAUUAUUCUCUUGAUAAGAAUGCAUCACUGACCUGUCUUGCUGUAAGAAAGAUGUCCGGUGAAAGUUAUGAUUUUGAAACAUUAAAGGUUUCUUCUCCAAGAGAGGAUGUUGCUCAUGUUGAACUGAACAGACCAGACCGGCUAAAUGCUAUGAACAUAGCAUUUUGGAGAGAAUGCAGGGAAUGCUUUCAAAGAUUAGCAACAGAUAAGAACUACAGAGUGAUAAUAGUGUCUGGAGCAGGAAGAUUAUUUACAGCAGGAUUGGAUUUGAUGGAUAUGGGUGAUGUCAUGCCAACAGGAAAGGAUGUAGCAAGAAAUGCCUUUAAAAUGAGACCAAAAAUUGAAGAAUAUCAAGAAUCUUUUACAUCGAUAGAAAAGUGUCCAAAACCAGUGAUUGCUGCAGUACAUGGUGGUUGUGUUGGUGGAGGUGUUGACCUAACGUCUGCUUGUGACAUCAGAUACUGUACACAGGACGCAUGGUUUCAAAUUAAGGAGAUAGAUGUAGGAUUGACAGCAGAUGUUGGAACAUUACAGAGGUUACCUAAGAUUGUAGGAAAUGACAGCUUGGCAAGAGAAUUAUGUUAUACUGCCAGAAAAUUUCAUAGUGAUGAGGCAAAAGAAAUAGGUUUUGUCAGUCGUAUCUUUCCUGACAAAGCUUCUAUGAUUAAUGCUGCAAUAGAACUAGCAUCAUUGAUUGCUAGUAAAAGUCCAGUGGCAGUACAAGGGACCAAAGUUAGUAUGGUAUAUUCCAGAGACCAUUCUGUUCCUGAAGGACUUUCUCAUAUAGCUUUAUGGAACCAGGCAAUGCUACAGAGUGAAGAUGUAAUGAAAUCUGCAGAAGCAAUGAUGCAAAAGAAAGAACCAAAAUUUUCAAAACUAUAAGUCAUUUAUAGACAAUUGAUUUUGAAUAUGAGCAGAAGUUGACUAUAUAUAGAUACUAAUAGAGGACCAGACUUAAUUCUGGAUAUAAUGAAAUAAACAUAAAGUGACUGUGAUAAUAAUUUAAUUAAUACUAUGUUCUUGUAAAUUUCAUGAUGAUUUAUUUAACAUUAUUACUAAUAUAAUCAAGACAGAAGUUGUUUGUAUAUGGACCUCAUUUUUUCUUAUACUGAAAUACCGGUAAGUUCUGAGGUAAGAAAUACUGUAGCUGCACAUAUUGACCAGGUUUUACUUCAACAGAGAGAAGAUAUAAUGAAAAACUCUUUUAAAGGGUCUGCUAUUUGGCAAGUGGGCAGGUAUUGAUGUUUUCUAGUGGCAAUUCAACAGUCUAUGGAAAUCAAAUUUUGUAAAAGAAAAACUAUGCUUGGAUUUUUAUGCCUUGAAUUUUUGUUGCUACAUGAUAUGGUUUUAUCUUCAUCCUGUGUAGACUUUGUGGUUUCCAUGGGAUAACUUUAGUCCAGUAUACCAAUUCUUGUAAAACUUAAUCAAAAUAUUUUGGCACAAAACAAAGGUGUUCUUUAUAC